AAUGAGGGGAAUGUGAAAGCGACAGUUAGAAAAGAGGCAAGUGAAUGAGAGGGAAAAUGAAAGUCAGACUGGGGGGUGUGUGUGCAGGAAGGAAUAUUAAGGGAAAUUAUGGGAUUGAUGGACUGGCAGAAAAGAGGGGAGGAGAGAAUGGGAUGAAAAGAGAGAGGCAGGCUCUACAAGCCCCCCGCACGUGCAGGGCUGAUGUUACACGGAGGGAGAGAGAGAGUGAGAGAGAGAGAGAGGGAGGAGAGAAGGGGAGUAUUUAAGCGUGGAUCAGGACAGCGCAGGCAAACUCCCAGCCAGCGGAGGAAGGAGAGGAGAGCAGGCAUCAGCCACUGUCACACACGGCCUCUUUCACUCGCUCACUCACACGCACGCACACGUGCCCCUUCUGGACCCCCCCGAGCUCGCCCAUGGCCAGGAUGACGUGGGCCUUUCUCCUGGGGGGCACCCUGAGCCUGGCCCUGCUGGGCCCGGCUUCGGGGAACCCCACGGAACCCGGGGCCCCGCCGAUGGGUCACCGCCGUCGCUUCAACCCCUUCUUCUUCCUGUGCACCCACCAUGGUGACCUGCAGGGCGGCAGUGUAGCGCACGCUGAGGACGAAGUGCUACUCACACUGCAGAUCGCGGGGAACCCGAGCAGCUACACUCCCGGACAGGAGUACCAGAUGACUAUCUCCACCAACACUGCCUUCGAUGGCUUUUUGGUCACUGGACUCUACACCUCCACCACUGUCCAAUCAGCACCCAUUCCGGCUGCGGGUACCUUCGGAUUCGCCCCAGGGGUGCUGCCAGAGGGCCAGUUCGGCUCCCAGUUCGGCUCCCAGUUCGUGUGCAGCGUGCUGGCCUCUCACGUUGGUCACCAACCUUCUACCAGCCUCAGCUUUGUGUGGAUUGCCCCCCCACCCGGCACCGGCUGCAUCAACUUCCUGGCGACGGCCACGCACCGUGGGCAGAUCAUCUUCAAGGACGUCCUGGCCCAGCAGCUGUGCGAGCAGGGAGCUCCCACUGAGUCACCACAGAGACCCGCUCUUGCUGAGAUCCACGGGAACCAUGUCAUCCUCCGGGAUGACUUUGACUCCAACCAGCAGGGAGAGCUAGACCCCAGCAUCUGGUCGGGCUGCAGUGCCUGUGAGGUGGGGGAGCGGUGUGGCGUCCUCAUGCAUGGCCGGGCUGUGACCUUUUGUGACCCCCUGGGCCAGAGAGAGCUGAUCACCAGACCACUCAACACCAGCGCAGCGUCAAUUCUCCAGUUUGCCCUCAGCUCCGGGCUGUGCCGGUUCAGUUACUCGGACCCCGACAUCGUCAUCUCCUUCAGCCUGAACAGCUCAGAUGACUGGAUCACCUUGGAGAGGAUCCGGGCCCCCUCCAACAGCAGCACCGUGGUGCAUCUUCUCCCCCUGCCUGCACAGUCCCGCAGGGAGGGGGUGCGUCUCCGCUGGGCCCAGGAGCCUGCGAUCAGGUCAGGCACCUACGAGUCCUGCUGGGGGCUGGACAAUGUGCUCCUAGUCAAUGUGGCUCACCGCCCCCCCCUUCUGGAGGACAACCUGGACCCCCCUGACACCUCCAACUGGCUCUUCUUCCCAGGGGCCACCAUUAAGCAUGCCUGUCAGUCUGAGGGCAGCACCUUGUAUUUCCAUGGCGGUGAGGGGGCGGGGCAUAGCUUUGCCUCUUCCCGAGAUGUGGACCUGCACCGCGAGGAGGGUCGCACCUACUGGGAGGAGGAGUUCGAGAGUCCGCCAGCCGGGUGGGAAAUAGAGGGGGCGGUGUAUGGGAUGCAGUGUGGCGAGGUGGAGUCGGGCAUGUCCCUGGUCUUCCUGGGGGAGGGCCGGAGGAGAGCCUGCACCCCCUACCUAGACGCAACCUCCUACGGGAACCUGCGGCUCCAUUUCACCAUGGGCGGGGGCCAGUGUGACCCUGGGGAGUCCCAUGACCAUGACGUCAUCCUUUUCGGCCAGCUGGAGGGGGAGAGAGAGCCCGUGGUGCUGGACACGCUGCCGUACUCGUCCUACAGGGUGCCCUCACUGGUAUCAGUGGCCCUGCCCACUGAGCUCCAGGUCCCGACCACACGGUUCUGCCUAGAGCAGCGGGAACAUGGCGGACCCCGGCGCCACGUCUGGGCCAUGGACUUCCUGCAGCUACUGCCGGUGCUGCCUGGUGCUCGGACCCACGUGGCUCAGUUCUCCAUCAACCUGGGCUGCGGCUCCUACCAGCCGGCAAACAGUGUCAGCCUGGAGUUCUCCACCAAUCACGGCCGCUCCUGGUCCCUGCUGCACACCGAGUGCCUCCCUGAGCUCUGUGUGGGUCCACACCUGCCCCACAGCACGAUCUACUCCUCUGAAAACUACAGCGGGUGGACCCGGAUAUCCAUCCCCCUGCCCAAUGCUGCCCUCACUGACAGUACCCGCUUCCGCUGGAAGCAGACCGGUCCAGGGAAUGGGAAUAUGUGGGCCAUAGACAACGUCUACAUCGGGCCGUCCUGCCUUCGCUUCUGCUCUGGAAGGGGACACUGCUCCCGCACUGGGUGCAGGUGUGACCCCGGCUUCAGCGGUCCCGCCUGUGAGCUGGCCUCUCAGAACUACCCGGCCUUUUUGUCGGAGGGCUUCUCCAGCACACGCCUCUCCUCAUACCACAGCUUCUCCUCGCUGCGUGGUGCCGAGGUCAGCUUCGGCUGUGGCGUGCUGGCCGCCGGCAAGGCGCUGGUCUUCAACCGGGACAGCCGGCGGCACCUGGUCACCUCGCCGCUGGACAGCGCCCAGGCCAGGUACCUGCAGUUCACCCUGCGGCUUGGCAGCCGCAGCGCCCUGAGCUCCUGCCCUGCCCCCGAUCAGCCAGGAGAGGGCGUCCUGCUGCACUACUCCUCAGACAAUGGCAUCACCUGGGUUCUGCUGGAGCACUAUGCCUACCAAGGCUUCCACGAGCCCAGGAUCAUCUCCGUGGAGCUGCCCGUGGGUGCCCGCCGUUUCGGGGUACAGUUCCGCUGGUGGCAGCCGUAUCACUCAGGUCGCGGGCAGGACGUGUGGGCGCUGGAUGAGAUCUCCAUGACGUCUGUCCUCUUCAACACCAUCAGCCUGGACUUCAGCAAUGUGCUGGACGUCACCCAGAGCCUGGGAUUCUACCUGGGCCAUCUGCAGCCUUAUUGUGGCCACGACUGGACACUCAGCUUCACAGGCGACCCUGGUCCCGGCUCCAGCCUCCGCUAUGUGGAGACCCAGUCCAUGCAGAUCGGCGCCUCCUACAGCCUGCAGUUCUCCCUGGCGAUGGGCUGCGGCGGCGAGUCGUCCCCACACAUGGACACCAGGGUGCACCUGGAGUACUCCACCAACCACGGGCUCACCUGGCACCUGGUGAAGGAGGCUUGCCUGCCAGGAAUGCCCAGCUGCCUGGAGUUCACUGCUGCCAGCAUCUACCAUCCAUCUGAGUUCCCCAGCUGGAGGAGAGUCAGCCUACCUCUGCCACAGAAGACCUGGUCUGGCGCCACACGGUUCCGCUGGAUCCAGAACUACUACGGUGAGCAGGAUGACUGGGCGCUGGACGACAUCUACAUCGGUCAGCAGUGCCCUCAGAUGUGCCGAGGGCACGGUUGGUGUGACCAUGGCAACUGCAGGUGUGAUGAUGGGUUCUCAGAGUCAGACUGCCAGCCAUCAUCGCCCCUGUCCUCCAGCAUCCUUUCGGACUUUGAAUCCCAAGCUGCACUGCUCACGUCAUGGCAGGAUGUGAUUGGUGGAGAGGUGGUGACCCCUGACCGGGGCUGUGGGGUCAUAUCAUCGGGGUCUUCCCUCUAUUUUAGCAAGGCUGGACUGCGGCAGCUGGUGACCCAGGACCUGGACACGGAGUGGGCGGAGUUUGUCCAGUUCUACCUGCGUGUGGGCGGGGACUGGGCGGAGUGUAACCAUGCCGACAGCAGGGAGGAGGGCGUGCUGCUGCAGUACAGCAACGACGGGGGCAUCAGCUGGGGGCUCAUUGCUGAGAUGUACUUCACUGAUUUCACCAAGCCACGGUUUGUACAUUAUGAGCUCCCACUGGCUUCCAAGACUCCCUGCACCCGCUUCCGCUGGUGGCAGCCCCUGCACUCGGGGGAGGGCUAUGACCAGUGGGCCAUCGAUGAUGUCAUCAUCUUGUCAGAGAGGAAGAAACACAUCAUCCCCAUGGCUAACCCCACCCUGCCACUGAACGUCUAUGAGAAGCCAGCUUUUGAUUACCCCCUGAACCAGAUGAGCCUGUGGUUGAUGCUGGGGAACGAGGGCAUGGACCGGGGUAGCAACGCCAGCUUCUGCUCCCCCACCCCCUCUGCCCUGGUCUUUGGCCGCUCUGACGGCGACAGAGUGGCGGUCACGCGGGACCUGGCCCUGCGUGCUGGGCACACGCUGCAGUUUAAGGUACAGUCGUGGGAAAGUUUCUUGGCUUCUCUCCUUCAUGAUCCCUUCCACGCUCCCUUUCGUCCCACCCCGUGGCCCUGGAUUGCUCCCCCCCCCCCCCAGGAGGGCCUCCGCAUGCUGGUGUCCCAGGACCUGGACUGCACCAGCGCUCUGUACAUCCAGUUCUCCUUCAAGUUCAUCACCAAGGGCGUCCCCGAGCGGUCCCACUCCGUGCUCCUGCAGUUCUCGGUGAACGGAGGCAUCAGCUGGCUGCUGUUGGACGAGUUCUACUUCCCCACGUCCACGGACACGCUGUUCCUGCACCUGUCCCUCCCCCACAGCGCCCAGACCAACGCCACUCGCUUCCGGCUGUGGCAGCCUUAUAAUAAUGGAAAGAAGGAGGAAGUAUGGGUGAUAGAUGACAUCAUCAUCGAUGGAAACUCCCUGCACAGCCCCCACCAUCUGACAGACAGCUUUGAAGGAGGACCUCAGGAGCACAGCUGGCUUUUUUACCCUGGGGGAAACACAGGGCCUUACUGCCCCAACCAAAAAGAGGCGAUGCAGGACGACUCGGCCAUGGUGUUCCUGUCCAGCGAACCAGGGGAGCACUCCAUCACCACCAGGGACAUAGACGUCAGCGAGAACACCAUCGUGCAGUUCGAGAUCAAUGUUGGCUGCACGGGGGACAGCUCCACCUUCAGCCCCGUGCGGCUGGAGUUCUCGCGAGAUUUCGGCUCCUCCUGGCACCUGCUGGUGCCGCUGUGUCCUGGCGACGCCCAGCACAGCUCUCUGUGCUCCACGGAGCUGCAUCCCGCCAGCAUCUACCACGCCGGCAGCGCCCCCAGCUGGAGGAGAGAGGUCAUCCACUUCAGCAAGCUCCGCCUCUGCGGAUCGGUGCGGUUCCGCUGGUACCAGGGCUUCUACGUAGGCGAUGCCCCUCCCUCCACCUGGGCCCUGGACAAUGUGUACAUCGGGCCGCAGUGCCAGGACACGUGCGGGGGGCACGGGCUGUGUGUGGAAGGCGCACAUUGUGCCUGUGACCCUGGCUACACUGGAGAAGACUGCUCCAAACCCAACACCCCCAACCCUGACUUCCUCAAGGAGGACUUUGAAGGGGGCGCUGUGGACAUGGAGCAGUUCCAGUUGGUCAGUGGGGGGAAGCCCUCCAGGAAGUGUGGCAUCAUGAGCAGCGGGAACCACCUGUUCUUCAGUGAGGACGGCUUGCGCAUGCUGGUCACCGUCGACCUGGAUCUGUCCAACGCCAGGUUCGUGCAGUUCUUUCUGCGCCUGGGCUGCGGUAAAGCCCCCCCAGACCCCCGCUCGCGGCCCGUGCUGCUGCAGUUCUCCACAGACGGCAGCCUCUCCUGGGAGCUGCUACAGGAGUUCCACUUCAGCAACAGCAGCAACCAGGGUCGCCUGGUGGCGCUGGAGGUGCCGCUGCGCGCCCGGGGCCCCGCAACACGCCUGCGCUGGUGGCAGCCCUCCGAGACCGGCCACUUCCCCAGCCCCUGGGUCAUUGACCAGGUGGUGGUAGGUGGCAGUGCCAGUGGCUGGGGGCCCCUGGAGGACGACUUCUCCUCCAAGGAUGACCGGUCCUGGCUGCUGCACCCCGGCGGUACCCGCAUGCCCGUGUGCGGCUCUGAGGGCGAGGCCUUCGCCUUCAUUGAGAAGUCCAACACGCGCUACGCCGUCACCACCGACAUCAGCGUGGGCCAGGACACCUUCGUGCAGUUUGACUUCUCUGCCUCCUGCUCCGUCACCAGCUCCUGCUACGCCGUCCAGCUGGACUACUCACUGGACCUGGGCCUCUCGUGGCAGCCGCUGGUGAGGGACUGCCUUCCCAGCAGCCCUGACUGCCCCGCCUACACGCUGCAAAGGAUGCUGGUCUCCGACGUCUACAAUAAGUGGGGCCGGGUCACCCUGCCCGUCCCCCCCCAUGCCAGGUCCCCGGCGACCCGGUUCCGCUGGUACCAGCAAGCACCCUUUGACAAGCAGCAGACGUGGGCUCUGGACAACCUGUACAUCGGGGACGGCUGCCUGGACAUGUGCUCUGGACACGGGCGCUGUCAGAAGGGGGCAUGCGUCUGUGACCCCGAGUGGGGUGGCGAAUACUGUGAUGAGCGCCUGGCCCCCCUGCCCUCUCAGCUCAAGGACAGCUUCAGCCGGGCCCCGGGCCCCAGCAGCUGGCUCCUAGUGGUGGGCGGCAAGCUGAGUAGUGUGUGUGGGAUUGUGGCCUCAGGGGCGGCGCUACACUUCGGCGGGGGCUGCAGUCGGCAGCUGGUCACUGUGGACCUGAACCUCACCAGUGCCGAUUUCAUCCAGUUCUACUUCAUGUACGGCUGUGUGGCGCCCCCUAGCAGCCGUGACCAGGACGUGCUCUUGGAGUUCAGCCUCAACGGGGGAAUCAGCUGGCACCUGCUCACCGAGAUCUCCUACGACCAGUACACCAAGCCAGGGUUUGUGAAUGUGCUGCUGCCCCCUGCUGCCCGGGUGGUGGGAGUGCGCGUGCGCUGGUGGCAGCCGCAGCAUGAGGGCGUCGAGCGUGGCGACUGGGCCCUGGACAAUGUGUUCAUCGGCGGCGCUGAACCCGACGCUCAGAUCCUGGACACCUUCGGGGGGGCGGCCCUGCCCAAUCACGAGAGGGCCCCCGCUGACAGUGCGCCGGUGGGGCGGAUCGCACACCUUGCCGUACCCGAGGAGGGCACCACAGUGAAGGACCACUGGCUAUUUUCUGAGGACUGCUCGGUGCAGCAUUUCUGCGGCUCCUCGGAUCGCGUGAUGGUGUGCGGUAGCGAGGAUGGGCGGGAGGUGUACGCCGUUACGCACGACAUCAUUCCCGGCCGUGGCUGGGUCAUGCAGUUCAAGGUGGCUGUGGGCUGCAGUACUCCACAGCGUCUCACGGAGAGGCAGGUGCAUGUCCAGUACUCAGUGGACUUCGGCGUGUCCUGGAAGUAUUUGGUGUCUCAGUGCCUGCCGGCUGACCCUCUGUGUGGUGGUCAAGUGACCCAGCCCUCCGUCUUUUUCCCGGCCGAGGGGUGGAAGCGUGCUGUGUACCCACUCCCUGACAGUCUAGCCAACAUGGCCGUGCGGUUCCGGUUCUACCAGCGGCACUCAGACACCCAGUGGGCGCUGGAGAACUUCUACAUCGGCCCGGAGUGCGAGGACCACUGCGGGGGCCACGGUGACUGUCUGGACCGGCGCUGCCUCUGCGACCAUGGCUUCACUGGACCCAACUGCCACUCCAGCUCGUCACUCAAGACCUCUCUGAAGGAGCGCUUCGAAUGGGUCGACACUCCGGGGCAUCAGUGGCAGAUUGUGGAAGGAGGUCGACCCUGCACUGACUGUGGGGUGCUGGUGGAAGGGAUGGCGUUGUAUUUCGGGGGGGACAAUGCUCGGCAAGCCAUCACUGUGGACCUGGACCUCCGGGGGGCCAAGUUUGUAGAGUACUGGGCAAAGAUUGGCAGUCAGAACAACAUGACCAUGUGCCACCGGGCAACGUGCCGCUCUGAGGGGGUGCUGCUGGAUUUCUCCACUGACGGAGGAGUGUCCUGGACCCUCUUGCACGAGAUGGAUUACCUGAAGUACGUGUCGGCACGCAGGGACUACAUCGCGCUGCCUGUGGAGGCUCUGACCAAUGCCACGCGUCUGCGCUGGUGGCAGCCAUUUGUCAUCUCCUCUGGUCUGGCCACGCCCAGCGUGGAACGCGCUCAAUGGGCCCUGGACAACGUCCAGGUGGGCGGCUCGGACAUCAACCCAAGCACCCUGCUGGAUACGUUUGAUGACGAGGGUGUGUCUCACGAAGACAGCUGGAGCUUCUACCCCAACGCCGUGCGCACAGCCGGCUUCUGCGGGAACCCAUCGUUUCACCUGUACUGGCCCAACAAGAACCAGGAUGGGACGCACAACGUGCUGGUGACACGCGAGCUCAUAGUGCAGCCUGGGUACAUCCUGCAGUUCAAGAUCGUGGUGGGCUGUGAAGCUGACAGCUGUGAGGACCAGCAUGCCGUGCGGCUGGAGUACAGGAAGGAUGCCAGGUCGGACUCGUGGCAGCUGGUUCAGUCCGAGUGCCUCCCCUCCUCUAUCAACAACUUGGGCUGCUCCCCUUUCCAGUUCCACGAGUCCACCAUAUACAGUCCUGUCAACAGCUCGGUCUGGACCAGGGUCACUGUCCAGCUGCCGGACUACGUCUCCUCUGGUGCAACGCAAUUUCGCUGGAUCCAGCAGGGGGGCGCUGGUGAACAUCACGGCUGGGGCGUGGACCGCGUCUACAUCGGGGAGGCGUGUCCCGGGCUCUGCAGCGGCCGCGGCUACUGUACCAGCGGCGUCAUCUGCAUCUGUGAUGAGGGUUACCAAGGUGAGGAUUGCUCCCUGACCACCAUCGACCUGCCCAGCUCAAUCAAGGACAACUUUGAGUCUGGGGGCACGUCGGGAGAGCACUGGAAGCUGAUCCAGGGAGGGGUGGUGGGUAGUGGCUGCGGCCAGCUUUCACCUCACGCCCACGGGGACUCGCUCUACUUCAGUGGCUGUAGGAUGAGGCAGGCCGUCACCAAGCCGCUGGACCUGACUAGAGCCAGUAAGAUCAUGUUCGUGCUGCAGAUCGGUGCCACGGCCCAGACGGACAGCUGCAACGUGGCCCUGGACCGGCCCGAUGUGGUGGACCGGGCUGUCCUUCUGCAGUACAGCGUCAACCAUGGAGUCAGUUGGCAUGUCAUUGCCCAUCACCAACCCAAGGACUUUAUUCGGGCCCAGAGGGUGUCCUACAACAUCCCGCUGGAGGCACGGGUAAAGGGGGUGGAACUACGAUGGUGGCAACCGCGGCACGGCGGCGCCAGUCGUGACCAGUGGGCUCUGGACCACGUUGAAGUUGUCCUAGUCAGCACCCGCAAGCAAAACUACAUGAUCAACUUUUCCAGACAGACUGGUCUGCGCCACUACUACAGCAGGAGGAGGCGGUCACUAUGGCAACGCAUCUAAACACAGCACAUGGUUCGUCCCGGGGCCUGCCAAUCACACAUGAGCCCUCAUCCCACCCUAUGUCCUGAGCCCCACCCACCGGCGGAUUCCAGUCAGCCUCAGACCAUCCCACUGCUUUCUGACAGACUCAGUGGCCGUCCAAUCAGAAGUCUGGGAAAUCUGAGCUGCAGCCAAUCAAGGCCAUCCUGGGGAAGGUUACAAAGGGAAGGGUAGUGCAACAGAGCAGGCAAAUGGUUUAUUUUUCAUGGACUUUCAUGGUUUUAUCAUAAUUGUUGUUCUUGCUAUUCUUCCUCUCCUAACUGCGAUACUCCCCCGGCCUCCCCCCCCCUUAAAUCCUCCUCUAUCACACUGUGAAGAUAAAAGAAAUCACUGAAAAUGAGACAGUGCUGAUACCGGUAAGCUGGGUGGCGCCAGCGAGUCGGGAGCGGCGAGGAAGACGAGGACGAUGAGGACUGUGUUCUUGCUGUUUUUAUGUGUCUGUGGACUCUUAUUGUGAAAUCUUGACUGUGGCGUCUGGUUCAUUUGGUUGUUGAUCUCCCUGUUUUUCUUUCUUGUUGAUCUGAACUGCUUGAUUGUCAUGGGAAGCAUGGUCUUUGCGGCAAAAGGGAAGGAAGGAUGAAUCUAGAAAAAAGAAAAAUGCAAAAAAAAAGAAAAAAAUGAAAUGAUUUUAUUCCUUCUAAUUUUUAUAUGUUGGCUCCCAAAAUGCAGAUAUUUAUGGCAUUUUCCCCACGUACCCUAUUUAAAAUGCACUGUUUGUGAAAUAUUCGUGUUUUUUUUUUUGUAGUGUUAAGUUAUUGGCAGUGGAGAUAGUCUGACUGCAUUGCCCGCCCCGCCCACCCCAAACUCUGUUCUCUCAUGCUGAAAUCACCCCCCAACCCCAGUCUCAUUUUAAUUUGCAUUCCUGGAGGCGGAGUUUCUGUGUCAGUGUGGUUUUUUUUGCACUCUGUGUAUUAUGGAUUCCUGCGCUCCAGUGUAAGUUCAGUAUAGCAGUUUCCUGUACAGGUAUGUAUACCCCCCCUCCCGGGGACCAGCUGGCAGCCUUAUAAAGGGGAAAUAAAGAGCUGUCCAAACCUCA